AUGGAAGAUUGUAAGAAACUUCAAAACGAUUUGGACGCAUUCUCUGCUUUUGUAAACGGAUGCAAGCUAAAAGUGAAUAUCUCCAAAUGCUCAACGAUUUCGUUUACCAGAAGCAAUACUCCGAUCCUGUUCAGGUACUCCCUCGGCGGUGAUGACAUUCAAAGAGUUUCCAGCGUAUUGGACUUAGGCGUUACUUUGGAUUCCGGAUUAAGUUUCAGAGACCACAUAAAUAACUUGGUAUCGGAUGGACUUGCACUUUUCGGUGUAGUGCGGCGCUUUGCUGGGGAAUCGGAAGAUCCAUACACCAUCAAAAGCCUGUAUGUCAGUUUGAGAACCGACAUCGCAUAA